CAGCUCGGAGUAUACCUGCCUCAGGAGCUGCUGAUCCAGUUAUACUCUCUGUCUACCCAUAAGCCCCCCCCCUCUCAAUCAACUUCCUCUUGACUGCCUUUUCUGUUUAUUUUAUUUUACGAUAUUCAUUUGUUUGCCUGUCCUUGUUUGUCUACGGGGGGGAGAACGGCUGGACACGUGUUCGUCAGAAUCGUCACUUCCUGUAUUGACAGUGGAGGUGUCCUGACAGCGAACUGUCCUGAGAGUGGAGGCCUGCAGGCACUAGGCAGACCCCUCUCACGCAGUUUGCUCAAAGCGAAACCUAUUUUACGCUCUGAAAUCUGAACAUUUAAAACUAGUUUUAUUGCUGAUGGAUUAUCAGAAAUCAUUUCAAAGUGACACAGACACAUUGGAUUCACCUAUGGAUUAACCUUCAGCAGCGUUUUUAUCGUUUUAAUGCCAUUGAAGACAACUUUUGAUCAGACAACAACAAAGCUCUCCAUGAUGCUUCUCCACACUGACGGAAAGCCCCUUACAACUCCUCUCAGAGCUCUCAAUGUUUUAGUUUUCCUUCUUCUCCUAACACACCACUGUAGAGGUCAGUCUCAGCUGAUUGGCUCACCUCAGCCAAUCGUAGCAAACCUUGGCGGUGACAUCAUUUUGCCGUGUUAUCUGGUGCCGGCAAUAAAUGUUGCCGAUUUGACGUUGGAGUGGACGAGGCCCGACAUGGACCCCAGAUUCGUCCAUGUGAUGCGGCUUGGUCACGAACUUGUGGAUAAAAAACACAAAUUAUUCAAGGGAAGAACAUCGAUGUUCACCGAUGAGCUGAAGAACGGAAACAUUUCUCUGAAACUCUCCAACGUACAACUCUCCGAUCAGGGGAAAUACAGAUGUUUCAUUCCAGAACUGGGCCGGCAAGCUUUUGUUCAACUAGUUUGUGUAUCAGCUGCUGCUCUCCCACCAGUCGUAACGUUAUCAGGGCUGGACGGUCAGAGUGGAGGAGUGGUGCUGCAGUGUGAGUCUGCAGGCUGGUAUCCGGAGCCUGAGGUGUUGUGGCUGGACGCUGAGGGAAAGCUCCUCUCUGCUGGACCUCCAGAGACAGUCAGAGGUCCUGAUGACCUCUAUACUGUCAGCAGCAGAGUGACUGUGGAGAAGAGACCCAGCAGCAGCUUCACCUGCAGAGUCCAGCACCACAACACCAACCACACCACACAGACGCAAAUCCAUUUUCCAGAUGAGUUCUUUAAGCUCCAGUCCAGUUCUUCUUCCAUCAAUAUUGGUCUGGCCGUCAGUUUGGCUGUUUGCAUUCUGAUAAUGCUGGCUGUUUCUUUCUUCUUUUUGUGGAGAGAACACAUAUUCAAGACAAAGAGAAAGAGUUCGGAUGAAGAUCAGUUUCUCAAUGAAGGAGAAAGAGGACAGCUGAUGAAACCUGACGCUGUGCAUAUGGAGGCUUUGAAGGGAAACGUAGACAAUAAGAGCAAACCGAAAAAUCAAUCUGAGCAGCAGCUGCUUGAGGAGCAGAGGAGGAGAGAGGAAGCUGAGAAGGAAGUCCAGACUCUGAAAGAGGAGGAGAGGAGGAGAGAGGAAGCUGAGAAGGAAGUCCAGACUCUGAAAGAGCAGCUGCAGAACAAGAAGAAAGAGGUUGAAUCUAAAGAGUCUGAGCUGCAGGAUCUCCAUGCAGAGAAACAGAGGAACCAGAACCAGCUGCAGGAUCUCCAUGCAGAGAAACAGAGGAACCAGAACCAGCUGCAGAGCCUGAAGGAACAUCUGGAGAACAAGAACAGAGAGCUGGGGACAAUUCAGAGGACCAUAAAAAGCAUUUCCAGAUUUCAUCCGGGUUCAAAAAAAGAAGAACAGAAGAAGAAGAAGGCUGAAGCUGAACAGGAAGUGGAGACACUGGAGAAGAAGCUGGAGAGCAGACAGAAGGAAACAGACACCAACAUCACAGAGUGUGAAGUGAAGGAAGCUGAAGUCCAGCAGCUGCAGGAGGAGGUUCAGAGGAUGGAGACCAGCCUGCAGACCCUGAUGGAGUCCAGCAUCAUGGAGCUGGAAAGAAGCCGAGCUGCUGAAGCCAGUUCUUCCUCCUCUUCACCGUUUGAACUGAAGAUAUUAUCCAGAAACAAGUCUCAGGAGGAGGAGAGGAAGAGGAGGGAGGAAGAGGAGCUGAAGGAGGAGAUGAAGAGGAGGAGGGAGGAAGCUGAGGAAGAAGUUUCCAUCCUGAAGGAGAAGCUGCAGAAUGAGACCAGAGAGGUGGAGAGACUACACACUGAUCUACAGAGAGGAGGAGAGGAGAGGAGGAGGAGGGAAGAGGAGAUGAAGGAGGAGAUGAAGGAGAUGACAGAGAGAAAAAAGCUAACGGACCAAAAACAUGCUGACCUAUGGAAGAUUGAGAAAGAGCUGAAGGAGACACGGAGUCAACUGGAGAUCAAGGAGAAAGAAAACAGGCAGCUGAAGAAAGAGUUAAACGAUCAACUCCUCACUGAGCAGAAGAGGGAAGAGGAAGCUAGGAGACAUCUGAAGGAGCUGCUGGACCAAAACAAGGAGUUUGAGAAGAAGCUCCAGGAGGAGAAGAGAGGAAGAGAGGAAGCUGAGAGAGAACUGAAGGAUCUAAAGGAAGAGGUGGAGAGCAAGGCGCAAGCUGUUGGAUAUGAGGAGCAGCAGGAGGGCGUCCGCUCGGAGAAUCAGACCUCAGACUCAGGAUUUAAUAUCGAUGUCGACCAACAGUGCAAAUAUAUCUGGCUCAGAAACACUUCCAUUAAGUACAAACUGCUGGGAGGCUGGGUGUUACAUCUGCAGGUUAACGACAACGAUCCCAUCAAGUACACAUUUCAUCAAUCUUUCAAACUUGAGGGUGGAAGAGAUGUCACUAUGUGGGCUCAAGGUGAAGAUCUCAAUCGUCCUAACACUGAGCUGGUGUGGAGCGACCUGAAGCCCUGGAGCUCUGGAGACAGACUGAAGUUCACCCUCUUCAGCAAAACUGGAAAGAUGCAAUAUGAACGCUGUAUGACAUCCACUUAAACAGAAUAACUACCU